AUGACCUCCUUCGUGGUCACAGUUUGGGUACUUGAAGAAGUUGCUUCUGAGUGGGUGCGCUUCGAGCUUCCCAGUGGCAGAAUUGUUGCACUGAAAAAGCUUCACAAAGCGGAAUCUGAAAAUCCAUCCUUUUACAAGAGCUUUUGCAACGAGACCAAGAUCUUGGCAGAAAUUCGCCAUCAGCCGGAAGCCAACCAUGGGGAAUCCGUGACACCGAGCAAUGAUGCUCAAAUCGCUCCGCUGCAUCGACUCUCAUUUCAGAUGAGCAUUCUUCUCAAGUUGGCGCAGGUGUCCGAUGUACUAGCUCUACUCCAACCAAUCCGGAGACUACAAGACCUUCACCUCAAUCUCCACCGGUUCCCACUGAAAACAAAGCAUUACCUAAGACUAUUGGGAUUGGAGCAAGAGUGGAAUGGAAGAAAGCUGUCCUUAUCUUCUCCUCCAACCGAAAAAACCAGAGGUGGUUCUCGCCCUACAACUACAAUGGCUGACAAGCAAAUUAUUCCCCCAAAGCAUGACCUCGAUGCCAAAUGGGACGCCUGCCUUGAUCUCACUGUCCGUCGCUUCGUCUACUCCUCAUCUGCUGGUGCAUUUGCCGAUGAAAGCACCACAUUUUUCUGCCUUCUAUUUUUCGUGGUUGUAAUGUCUUUUGCCACUUGUUUUGGUUCCUGCCAUGAACUUGCCAUAGCAACAGGGAGUCCUGUAACUCGGUGGGCAUCUAUUGCUUUUGGUGCUGGAGUUGGAAUCGGAUCUGCAUAUGCAGAAUGUUCUCGUCUGUUUGAUGGACCUCCAACAAAAUUACCCCUACAUAAUGCCUCCGAAACUGCUUCUCUGUCAUUCAGGCAAAAAGUUACUUGUCUUGAACUCUGUUAUCUGACCCACUACUAG